AUGGGUGAAGUGGAAUUCGUAAACCUUAUGGCAAGUGAAAUUACAAUGGCUCUUCAAGAUUGGGUGGAUUUAUUGGAUCCAACAUUUGGAUUAGGCAAUAAUCAGAAGAAACCGUUUUCCAGAAGAAGAAAUCAAUAUGGAAUAUCGGUUUAUCCUUUAAAUGACAUAAGAUCAAUAAAGUCUUUUCAAAAAACCGUCUAUAACUAA